CUCUGCGGCGACGACCGAGACAAUCUUCUUUUCUCCACUCGAUCUAGAGUCUAGACCCAUCGACGCUACCAGCUUCAAGCUCAGUUCGUCUGUCCUCGCCUUGCUCGCACUGCCCGGCUACCGUCGCUGCGACCUGCGGUGAACGGUUGUCCGUCCCAGCCCGUCCUCGAUUGAGCUCACAAAUCUGCAGUUGGAGGAAAACUGGAUUAGUCAGCACCUGAAAGUGAAAUAUGUCUGCGUUGUUCAAUUUCCAUUCUUUUCUCACAGUAGUGCUCUUAGGAAUCUGUGCAUGCACAUAUCUAAAGAUGCAGUUUACAGCAAUUCUUGAGCAGAGAACUGGGUUUCGUGGAUUCUUCUGGAAGGCAGCUAGGAUAGGUGAGCGCCUGAGCCCUUGGGUUGCAGUAGGAUGCUUGACAAUGGGCAUUUCAAUCUUCUUCUAACUGCUUUUGUGGCUAAGGUUUCCUUACAGACCAUACAUUUGCAAUGACUCCAUUGAUUCUUGAAAUGGAUUUCUUUGCAUGUUUUUUAAGACCACUGCUCUCAUUCAUGUUGUUUCGUACUGGAUCACUUGUUUCAAAGAGAUCUACUUUCUUGUUUGUUAAUAUUACGGUUUAACCAUUCUAGAGGGCCACAAGUUCGGCCAAGUAUAUGGUACUGCUUGAUGUACCUUUC